AUGGUACAAGUUGAUUGGGAUAAAGUAAAGAGUAGAUCGAGAUGUGUUUGCUGUGCUAUAUUACCAUCGGGCAUUAGAUUGUUGAUUACAACUGGUAUAAUUGCAUUGGUUGCAGUGACCAGUGUGAUAGUGUACAACUCACCACCGUUCCAGUACACCGCCGUCAAUGUCGUGCUGAACUGGUCGUUCGACCCGCGUCCAAUGGCAACGUACGACUCCAACUUCACGUACAACGUGUUGCUCGACCCGCAUUGCCACACGACCUACAGCGAUGGCUCACUAUCGCCCGAGCAAAACAUACAAUGGCACAUUGACAAUGGAUACAACGCCAUGAUAGUCACCGAUCACAACAACAUUCAAGGUUCAAUCGUCGCUCAGCAAAUUGCUAUUGCCAAGUACAACGAUAAGAUCAAGGUUAUCACGGGCAUGGAGUGGACCAAUUGCAGGGUACAUCUCAACUUUAUUGGAAUCAAUGAGUCAGUAACACCAAUCAAGAACCCGACAGACUUGGAGAUUCAACAGGCUAUCAAUAGGACUCAUGAGUUGGGCGGUCUGGUCAUUAUGAACCAUCGUCCAUGGGACUACUGGAGCAACAUGGACACACCUUCAAUCCAAGAUUUCGCUGCUUGGGGCGUGGACUUCUUCGACGUGGCCAACGGCCACUACUUUGACUUCCAGACGCUGGUCUAUGCUCGCAGUCAGAACAUCCGUGUGGUGACGGCCAACGACUAUCAUAGCGGUGGUUUGGGUGCCACUGGCUGGACUGUGCUCAACAUACCAGGCGUCAAUUACAAUCCCAACGCAUCAAUCAGUGCCGACUACUUCACCACCGACCAGCUCUGGAACGCCAUCAAGUCACAGCCCACCUCAUUCAUCUACGACGUCGUUGGACAUGGCGACGAUCCAUACUCAUACGGUGGCACCAACCCCAAGUGGCUUCGUCUCUAUCCAUGGAUUCAAAUGGGAGCAUUCUUCCAUUCAUUCUACUACAUGAACAGAGGAAUGUACAGCUUUGUCAAUGGAGAGAACUGUGGCCCACAGUCAGUCGUCGUGCAGAAGGAUCCAAUCAUCUCCACAGUGCUGUGGGUGUUGGGUCUCUUUGUCAUUGGUGAGCUCAUCCGUUGCCUGGUCACCUUUGUCAUUAACAAGAUCAAGCAGAGAUAUGACGACAAGAAUGAUCGUAGAGGUGGUCGCUACCUCAAGGAAUGGGAGUCUGAGUUUGGAGUAGUUGACACGCCAUUGCUCAAUCAGAACCUGUAG